CGCGGUGAUGACAGCACACUCGAUCGCGGUCCUUCCGCUGGGAUCAAUGCGCAAGAAAUAACUUGUAGUCAUACGAGAUAGCCAAUUACUGUGUCCACGCGUUACGCGAAUAAAUACUAGAGGCAUUUCAUCGAUCUUCCAGCUUAUCGACAAGUAGCAGGCGGGUCCGUCCUCUUGUUCGCGACACCGACAGCCGAGGGCCGCGCAAAUUCGGAGCGUCUAAAUGAUCGAACAGAGAUGACGUACUAUAAAGAGAUCGCGAACCACCUGUGAACCGAAUCGGAAACGCCAAGACAAGGAUAGUCUUUGACGAUUACGGAACGUGCAUCCGCUUUUGUGACUUCAAUAUAACAGUGUAAUAUUGUUUGUAAAAUAAACGACAGAUUGUAAUUGUGUAAUCGUGUUAGCAGUUACAUUGGCAGACAUCAAACGCAAGUGACAGAUACAUUGUAAUCGAAGGGAGUAAGCUGGCUCGUUCGUGACAGAUUGAUGACUAAUUGGAAAAUCAAGGAUAACAGACAUGAAAUACUUAAAAGUCGCGUUGUUCACGUUCAAUCUAUUAAUAUGGUUGGCUGGCUGCACGGUGCUCGUUAUAGGCGCGUGGUUACUCCUGGAGCCCAGUAAAGGACACAUCCUGAAUCUUUUCGUACCUGAUAUUAAGCCGCAUGAGACCAUUAAUCUGAUAGCUUAUAGCCUCCUCGGGCUUGGUUCCAUCGUACUCACGGUCGGCUUCUUCGGUUGCCGCGCCGCGUUACGCGGAAAUCAAUGCAUCCUCGCCACCUACAUGAGCAUGUUGGUCGCGCUUAUCAUCACAGAACUGGUGACGGCCGCGAUCGGCGGGUUGAUGACUUUCCAGAUCCUGUCGGAUCUGGAGGAAAGGCUCACCAAUAAACUAGCGAUGGAUUAUGGUCACGAUUCGACCAGCGAUAUCCCCUUCAGCAAUAGUUUGGAUUUUGCACAGUAUAAGUUUAAUUGCUGCGGUAUAUACGGCGAUGACGAUUACAAUGGCACGGCUUGGUGGAGGGAUGGUCAAAUCUCGGGGAACAAGAGGCAGGUUCCCCUCACGUGUUGUGUUCUCAAAAAUAGCGAGAAUAAAAAUACAGGCAGCAGCCCAAUGAGCGUUGUUUCGAGAGUGUUUCACAAAAAUAACGAGAAGCCGUGGCUGCAUCCGCAGCCAAAGGAUGAGGCUGCAUGUCAAGUAGAAGACGAAGAGGGUCACGAGGGAUUUAGACACAAAGAGGGCUGCCUUGGAAAAGUCACGAACUGGCUGCAGUGUGAGAGCUUUACAUUAGUGUUUCUCGGUAUGGCAAUGGCAGGAAUACAGACUUUCGGGAUAAUAACGUCCGCUUUCCUCUGCCGAACGAUAAGAGAUAUGCAGGAAGAAUGAUCCAGGGUUCGUAGUCUCAAUGAAGUAAAGAGAAUGUCGUGGCACGUUCAAUCUUUACAUUGACAACUUUGGAAGAAGGAACAUAUUUAUUUUAUAUCUUCGGUAUUGCUACUUGGAAGAUUACCGAAAUUCAUUUCGGUUAUGUGAGUCAGGACAUUACGGGGAAGAAAGUAAUCUAAAUAUUUGUUCUAUUCCACAAGGUGUCUGUUCAUUGAGAACUUCGAAUCGAAAUAACAAUAAGUGCUACGCUUAAAUUUAGAUCGAUUUCCACCCCUGUGCGCGUUUUGCUGCCAUUCAGCAAUAAUGUGACCAAAUACACCCUGCUGUACAUAUACAACUGUAUGCAUCUGUGUCGUGUUCAAUCUAACUAAUACUAACAAAUAGCGAUGUUACGAUGAUAUCGCUAUGGUGUCUCACGACGACCAACGGGGGAAUUUGGCUAACAAUGUGAAUUGUUAUUCAUGACAUUCUAUCGUUUUGUAAAUACACUUGCCAAGGACGAGUAUAUGCGUUGCGUGCGUGAGAACUUUCGAGUUGUCUUCUUUUUUUGUGGAAAGUUUAUCUAAUUUGAGACGUAAAAUAAUUUUUCGCACAAAGUUGUACAUGAAUUUUUGAAAAACUAUUAUAAUUUUUAACGAAUAAAAUAUUUAUGUGAGUACAUUUAGGGGAGACUG